UUCAUUCAGUAUUUGAUACUCCUUUGCUUAACAAGAAUAAACAUUUCUCGAGAAGAAUGUUGAAAGUUUUAACUUUAAUUUGUAUUUUGCUUUUGGCAAAAAUAAAAGCAGAUAGUGUGGAAGAUUUCUUACUCUACUCUAAAGUGGUUGCAAUGAAAGAAAGUCAAGAAAAUGCUUGCAUGGACAACGAAUCGCAAUUUGUUAGAAGCAAUCGAGGAUGUGCCUGGUAUUUCCUGUGUGAUGAAGAUAGACAAGUCAUUAGAGAAGACAGAUGUCCUACUGGACAUCGUUUCGAUGAAGAGAAUCAGAAUUGUAACUUGAAAGAUCUCGUUGAGUGUUAUUUAGAUGAACAAUGGGCAAAUGCAAAAUGUUCAGAGGAAUCUGGAAUUUCAUUAAUUCCACACCCCUACACUUGCUCUAAAUUUACCGUUUGCUUCGAUGGCGAUGAAAUUUAUCGCGACUGUCCACCUGGUCAACAUUUUUCGAUGUUUGAAAAUGAUUGUGUCGAUCCUUUCUUAGCUGAUUGUGAGAUUGAUUAUAAUUUGUGUAAGGAGUCUGUGGAAAGUGGUGUUCCAGCUAUCGUGGGUGAUUCUAAAGAUUGCGGUGCUUUCUACGUGUGUGCUGGUGCAACAGCAGUUCCAUUGAGAUGUUCUCCAGGCCAGGGUUUCAAUUCUAUUUCGGCAUGGUGUGAACUUAAUGAUUGCGAAGAACUUGAUGAUCCUCUUCCCGAUCAAAUUUUUAUGGACUGUACAAAUAUCGAAGCUUUGGAAGUGCCACAUCCUUCUGCGUGUGCCUUUUACUUUAUUUGUGUUGACAAUCGUUCAUAUCUGAGAUCGUGUGGGGAUGGCUUAAUUUUUGACAUUGACACAUUUAGAUGUCAGAUUGAAGAUAGUGAUCCACGUCCAAUAUGCAUCACAGAUGUUCCACCAGCAGAAACUGUUAAAGUGAAAUAUCCAAAAAUGUUAAAAAUUAUUCUCGUAAUCGUUUUGAUUACUUUUACUUCCGCUGAUGUUGUUGAAAAGAACUUAGCAAAACAAAGAAAAUAUGUGCAAGGCCUUCGAGAUGAACGCUGCCUUGAACUUGAUGAAGUACAUUUUUCUAGAAACACUCGAGGUUGUGCUUGGUACUUUAGGUGUGAUGAAGAAGGAAAUGUCGAAAGUGAAGAUAGAUGUCCUGGAAACUUAUGGUUCAAUGAAGAAGAUCAAAUGUGUAGCAAUCCAGAAGAUGUGGAAUGUGAUUUAGAUGAUCGUUGGGUUGAUGUUGUUUGCCCAAACGAGGUUGGAAUUUCAGUUAUUCCGCAUCCUUACACAUGUUCUAAAUAUACCGUUUGCUUCGAUGGACUUCAAAAUGAUCGAGAUUGCCCACAAGGAUUACAUUUCUCAACCUAUGAGAAAAAAUGUGUCGAUCCAUUCCUGGCUGAUUGUAAAUUGGAUCAAUCACUCUGUGAAGGAAGUGGGAAUGGGAAUAUUCCGUUUUUCAUUGCAAGCUCUCGAGACUGUCGAGCAUAUUACAUCUGCAUUGGUGAUAGUUUACUUCCACUCAUGUGUGCUCCAGGACAACAUUUUCUUCCCGAAGCAGGAUGGUGUGAUUUACAAGAAAAAUCAGACUGCAAGCAACUCAUACCCGAAAACACGCCACAAAUACCAGAUAAAGAUUCUAUCGAUUGUCAGGAGAGUAACGGUUUAGCACUUCCCCAUCCUGAUUCAUGCGAAUUUUAUUUCUUCUGUGCUGGGGAUCUUUCAUUCAUGAGAGCAUGUGGAGAUGAACUUAUUUUUGAUAUUAACAGUAGAAGAUGUCAAAAUAGAGACAAUCCAGGAGUUUCAUGUAUCUUAGAUCCACCUACUGAAGAACCACCCACAGGGGGACCAGUUCCAGCUGCUGUUAAUUAAAAUUCAAAUUUUUUCCUACGAUCAUUAAUUAGUUCAAUAUUGCACGUAUUACUUUGAAUAUCCGUGUAAUGAGAUAGAAAAAUGUAAAAUUAAUAUCAACGUAUGUCAAUAAAGUUUACUUUACGUAAAAAUUUCAAAUUAAAACUUCAAAAAUAAAAACUUCUGAUGUUUGAAGUUCUUAAAAUGCUU